UACAUUGUAUCACGUGACCCUUCACUAGAUUGAACUGCACUGCAUACCACGUGCAGCUAGCUAUAGCAGAACCCUGUCAGAAUGCCGUACCACUGCCGUUGAUCAGGAAUUGGACAAUCUUGGAAGAAAAACAACCAAGUCUUCCUGAACAACUUCCAAGUCUUUCUGAACACACAGCACAACCUCAGAUUCCAGAAUCCAAACAAUGCUGUUCUGCAUGUUUUAGAAGACGCUGGAUCAAUUCUCAAGCAAAAGUUUCACUUCACAUUACCUGCCAUUGUUCUGGCAUAGCACCUUCCUAGGCCAGCAGAUGUAUUUGUCGCUCACUGACUGACAGGAUAGUGAGGGGGAGGGUUCAAUGUCAGAGACACCCUUGAGGAUUUAUGCGUGUAUCAGCGAUUUGGAUAUCGUGAUUCCAACCGGCGGUCUGGUUACUGAUGUCAACCAGUGUAAUGUCACUUACCGUCAUCACCGCUACUCUAUGGUUCCUUACUCUGCUUGCCUUUGCUGGACUCCAAAUAGCCACCAGCACAACUGAUUAUAAAUAUUUCUUUAACUUCAUCCAAGGCAACUAUUCCUGCUCCUCAUCGGGUGCCGUCACCUCACCUGGGUUUCCCCUACGCCAUCCCACGUCAAGCUCACACAUUUAUUUCUACGAGCUGGAACAUUUAGGCCCCCAUGGCCGCAUCAAAGUGGUCUUCACUGAUUUCUUUUUAGACUCUGUCAACAAGUCGGUCAACAUGUGCAAUGAUGAACAGAAUUAUUUAAAGAUUAUCGACGGCAAGAAGUCCUCCCGCUACUGCAGCUUCAAGAGGCCCGCACCACACUUGUCGUCCACUCACAACCUCCGCUUUGAGUAUCAUCUGAACGGAAAGCAAAGACACCACGGCUACGGCGUGUUCAGUCUGAACUACUCCUUCAUCACGCUACAAGAGGCUGAAGAAUUUGAACGAGGGCUGAGAGGGGGAAGCUAUGUCCAGAACACAGCCUAUGAGGUAGCCAACAUUGGCCAUGUCUCCAUCAACAUCUUGAGAGCAAACACAGAGUGGGUUGACUACCUGUGGUAUCUCAGAGGUAGACCCGGUAACAGGCUACUGCUCAAUUUCUUAGCUGUAAGCAUUAAUGCGUCAGGUAGUUUGGAGGUUCGUGAUGGCAGCACUUCCCAAGCACCCCUUCUCCUCUUGGUACAAGGCAACAGCACUGAUGUCACAGAUGUCUUAUCAACCCAAGCAACAGUCUACGUUCAUUGGCAUGGACAUGUCAGUCAGUAUAAUAGACUCAGAUUUGUCUACUCCAAUGUGGCGCCUGAAGAACCGCAAGUAUCCUGAGGCAGUCUGAUUGGUGCUACGCCAGUCUCAUUUGAUCCUCACCUACAGCAUUUGGUGAACCAGUUUAGAUUCUUUUCAGGCCGGGGGCAGUUUAUGGAAUCCGAUUUCGGAAACUACCCAAUUAGCAUGUGUUUUCCCCAGCUUUGAGGGAUCCUGCAUACUGAAUUUCCUCCGGCUAUCCAAAGCUGGGAUCUAUAUGUACGGUUAGAAAGCUGUAUGUGGCACAGAUAAAGCAUUCUACAUGUUAGUGUGAUAAAGUAAAAAAAAUUGUCUAAAAUUAAUUUGACAAAUUCAAAGGUUGAGCACAAAGGGAACCUGUGAGAGUAGAAUGAUUAAGAAUCACUUACACUAGGUUACUGCCAUUUCUUUUCAAUUGAUUGCAAAGGUGUGUGGAUGGCUUCAAUUGUGUGUAAACCUGAAAAUGCCUACUGAAAUUAGAUCUUGUAUUCAAGACCAAAUGAAGUCUGUACACGAUCACUACAUGGCACUUUGUGACCAUUUUCAAAAGACUCAGGGCUGGACACACUGGGCAUGUUCAAAACCCGUUCUAGCGUUGAAUGAACAGGGUUUCGAAUGACAAGAACCAAAACACAAAACGCUGUUCGGGAACAGGAUUUUCACUCCCCACUUACUGGGGAGCAGAUGCAACUUGCAGGCUAUGUUUGUGCACAAAAUUGAAAGCAGCUAUGUAGGAGCAAUAAUGAUAAAAAAAAAAACUUGUACGUGACCAUAGAGUGUCUUUGGCAAUUUUCAUAGGUGUUCCAGGAUUUCAAUCGUUUUUGUAAGAUCAUUAAUUUUCCCUUCUUGUCAUUCGGGGAUUAAAUGUAGCAGCUGCCAUCUUGAAUUUUUGCCCAGCUGCACUCAUACACACUUGGGCUUUCGUAAUGGGCAACCCGAGAACACUGUUUGCGGAUCACUUGAGAUCUGUGCAUAUCUUGUGCAUUCUUGUGCAAAUUGCCUGAACUAUGCAAAACUAAUAUUAUUCUUAAUGUGCCCGAUGCCGUAGCAUAUUUGGGUAAGCAUCAGCCAUCCUCAGCAAAGCAUUAGAAUGAACCUCCCAGUGGUCUCUCCCAACUCUCUCUAUUUAACCAUUGAGGCCCGGUACUUGUGCAUGGAGUACAUUUAUUGCCCUUAAUCACGACAAUUCCGAGUUUAAAUAUGGGCAUGUAUAUAAACUAGUAAUUCACACAGGUAAUCAAGCAGCUAUCAAAUGGUACAAUGAGCAACUGGAACGAUGAACAGCCGUGUGGCUGACCCUGAUCCCUCAUUAAUGUAAUGUAAUAUGUGUAUUAUAUGUAGUAGUUUGUUUUUUACCUGUAAUUAUUGGAUUUAUAAGUUUGUGGUAACUACAUUGCAUUUUUACAUCUUUUUAAUUAAUGAUUGUAUGUUUUUAUAACCCACUCUUUGUCAAGGCCAUUUUAAUUUCCCUCCUGAGGGAUAAUAAAGUUCAAUCUUAUCUUA